AUGGGGAAGUUUGUUAAGUGUUUGGGAGUGUUGGGAUUCAUGGCAAUGGCAAUGCUCAUGAUUGUUGGGAUUGUGGAGGCUAGAAUGCUUGAGAAGGAGACAUUUCUUGGUGGUGGAGGAUUAGGUGGUGGUGGUGGUGGUGGUGCAGGAGGAGGCCUCGGUGGUGGUGCUGGAGGAGGUCUUGGUGGCGGUGGUGGUGCUGGAGGAGGUCUCGGUGGUGGUGCUGGUGCUGGAGGAGGUCUCGGUGGAGGUGGUGGUGCUGGAGGAGGUCUCGGUGGUGGCGGUGGUGCCGGAGGAGGUCUCGGUGGUGGUGCUGGAGGAGGUCUAGGUGGCGGUGGUGGUGCAGGUGGUGGUGCUGAGGAGGUCUCGGGUGGUGGUGCUGGAGGAGGUCUAGGUGGUGGUGCAGGUGGUGGUGCUGGAGGAGGUCUAGGUGGCGGUGGCGGUGCUGGUGGGGGAGGAGGUCUUGGUGGCGGUGGCGGUGCUGGUGCCGGAGGAGGGUUUGGAGGUGGUGGUGGAGCUGGAGGAGGAGGAAGCUGCACUACAUCGUUCCAUGUCACCUUUACUGACACUAAGCGGCUUAUUGGUCAUGCCGCAAGGAACCAGCUCGCCAUGAACUCCAUCAACACCGCCUUCGACGCCAAGUGA